UGUAGACAACUAGAGCCAAAAAGAAAGUACUGAAGGGGUCAAUGGAAAAAGUUAUACCACAAAGAAAGGCUUCAGGCACAAAGAGUCGUUUUGCUCAGCAAACCUGCGUUCAGGACCUUACCGGCAAAAUAGUUACAGCCAGCAGAGCACCAGGAAUGUCUUCUCCCUUGCAGCCGGGAAGCUCAAGUGCACAAGACCCUUUCAAACUGCAAAUAACUGAAGAAGUCUCAUAUUCAGUUACACAUCAUCAGAAAAGGAAAAUCUGCCUUUGAAAUUUACCUCCUGGAAAUGUUCAACCAUUUCACAAGGCUUGCUCCCAUCCCAUUCACUGUGUUCUUCUCUGGUUUCACGCCAUGUGCAGAUCUCCCAACAGACUGACAGAAGCAGACGUGAAUUCACGAUGAGGAGCACGCAGUACACAAGGCUGAACAGCCAUGACAGCUGAAAAGACUAUUCCUAUAAUUAACGGCAAGCCAGAAGAUGUUUUGGAUCCAGAAGCUUCAAGUACCAACCUCGUCCACAGCAAUGAUAAGAAAGUUCAUGAAAGAGGUCACUGGAACAAUAAGGUUGAAUUUGUGCUUUCUGUGGCAGGGGAGAUUAUUGGGUUGGGAAAUGUAUGGAGAUUCCCAUAUCUUUGCUACAAGAAUGGAGGAGGUGCUUUCCUCAUCCCGUAUGUGGUUUUCUUUAUUUGCUGUGGGAUACCAGUUUUUUUCCUGGAGACAGCCUUGGGACAGUUUACUAGUGAAGGAGGCAUUACGUGCUGGAGGAAAGUUUGCCCUUUGUUUGAAGGCAUUGGAUAUGCUACCCAAGUUAUAGAGGCACAUCUAAAUGUAUAUUACAUCAUUAUUUUAGCAUGGGCUAUCUUCUAUCUGUUUAACUGCUUUACUACAGAACUUCCCUGGGCUACAUGUGGGCAUGAAUGGAAUACAGAAAACUGUGUGGAAUUUCAGAAACUUAAUAUGAGCAACUGCAGUCAAAUCUCUUUGCAAAAUGCUACGUCUCCAGUGAUGGAAUUCUGGGAACGCAGGGUGCUAGCCAUAUCUGAUGGCAUCGAACAUAUUGGGAAUCUUCGCUGGGAACUUGCACUGUGCCUCCUCGCGGCUUGGACUAUCUGCUACUUUUGCAUCUGGAAAGGAACAAAGUCAACUGGGAAGGUUGUAUACGUAACAGCCACAUUCCCCUAUAUCAUGCUGAUGAUUCUUCUGAUUCGAGGGGUAACGUUGCCAGGUGCUUCUGAAGGGAUAAAAUUCUAUUUGUAUCCUGACAUUUCCCGACUGUCUGACCCACAGGUUUGGGUGGAUGCUGGUACACAGAUAUUUUUCUCUUACGCGAUAUGCCUUGGGUGCCUGACAGCCCUGGGAAGUUACAACAACUAUAAUAAUAACUGCUACAGAGACUGCAUCAUGCUCUGCUGCUUGAACAGUGGCACAAGCUUUGUUGCUGGUUUUGCUAUCUUUUCAGUGCUUGGAUUUAUGGCUUAUGAACAAGGUGUUCCCAUUGCAGAAGUUGCAGAAUCAGGACCAGGAUUAGCAUUCAUUGCUUACCCUAAAGCUGUUACCAUGAUGCCUCUUUCUCCUCUGUGGGCAACUCUGUUCUUCAUGAUGCUCAUCUUCCUUGGACUAGAUAGUCAGUUCGUGUGUGUUGAAAGCCUUGUGACAGCUGUUGUAGAUAUGUAUCCAAAGAUUUUCCGAAGGGGCUACAGAAGAGAACUGUUGAUUCUUGGCCUUUCCAUUGUGUCAUAUUUCAUUGGUCUAAUAAUGUUAACUGAGGGUGGAAUGUACGUCUUUCAGUUAUUCGACUCCUAUGCAGCUAGUGGCAUGUGCCUUCUUUUUGUUGCCAUAUUUGAAUGUGUCUGCAUAGGCUGGGUUUAUGGCAGCAAUCGCUUUUAUGAUAACAUUGAGGAUAUGAUUGGGUAUAAACCAUUGUCAUUGAUCAAGUGGUGCUGGAUGGUCUUAACUCCAGGUAUUUGUGCAGGAAUCUUCAUUUUUUUCCUGGUGAAAUACAAGCCUUUGAAGUAUAACAAUGUAUAUACAUAUCCUGACUGGGGCUAUGGCAUAGGGUGGCUGAUGGCUCUCUCUUCCAUGAUUUGUAUCCCUUUGUGGAUCUGCAUUAAGUUCUGGAAGGCAGAAGGCUCUUUCAUAGAGAAAUUCAGGAAGUUGAUUACACCUAGCUCGGAUCUGAAGAUGAGAGGGAAACUUGGAGGAAGAUGCUACAUUGCAGCAAUAAAUGACUGCGAUGCCAAACUGAAAGGAGAUGGCACCAUUUCAGCCAUUACGGAAAAGGAGACACAUUUCUGAAAGAACUCUUGUUUUUUUCUUUUUUUUUUCUUUUUUUUUCUUUUUUUUUUUUUUGUAUAAAAAUAAAUAAAUUCACUUAAUUAUAGAAGCUGGCUUGUUUUGCACAAAAUUUUAUUAACCAGUUAAUUUUAAAGUGAAAAUUGUAUACUUGUUUAAAAGUGAUUUUUUAAAAAUUACUAUAUAAGUAAUAAGAUUAUGUAAAAGAAAAAGAAAUAGUAUUAUAUGAUAUGUUAGUAAUGACUUCUUGUAAUAUGGUAAUUUCAGUAAAUGCUUUUUAGAAAUUAGAGAGACGUGUAUAAUGGGCUGUAAAGCUUUUCUACUCUGAUUUCUGGCAGGUGUGACGUUGUAUAGCUAUAUGCAUUCUAAUCUCCAGGUAUUUCAGACCAUUUCAGCUUUUAAUGUAUGUAUAUAAAAAGUACCAGAAUGUCCCGUUGUUUAUAUUGGAAGAAGCUGAGGAUAUGUUGCUACAUUAUUUAACACACAUGUUAAAUGCCGUUACCUUAGAGCUGUCUAAAGUGGGCUGUACCCAAAGUCAACUGAAACCAGCAGGAGCUUUUCCAACUGAGAUCAGUGGCUUUUGCACCACACCGUCUAUGAUUCAGCCUUUCUUCUGGGCCAGCACAGCUGCAAGACUGAGUUUUGCACCUAACAAAGCUCCUCUUUCAGGGCAAGUUUUGUGAAGCUUGGAAGCACCGCCUCGACUGCUUUUCCUGCCUUCCCUACAUGUUCCAUCUGUUUCCAACAGGCCUGAAAAUGUUGUGAGAUAGCCCCACUUCUGAGUCACUGUUCUUUGUUGGUUUUAUUUCUGGAGAUUGGAUUAAGAAUAUAUAUUUUUUAAGAGUUAUAAAUUUUUCUUUUCUUGCAAGUUAAUGCCCUCUGAGAUGACAUGUACUGCUUCAGAAGACUUCUAAAGCUUUUUCAUUUUCUUUAGUGGCUGGGUAGCCAGUAUUUCAUUUUGGUUGACACUUCCCAUCCCCUGAAGUGAAAUGUGUUUAUGCUUGUACAACAGGAGGAGGUCAAGGUCAUCUUUAUGUAUGCAGAGAUGUUCUAAGGAAAAAAAAAGAUCAGGUUUAGAGCUCUCCAUACCUUGGCCUCUGUCUCUUCAAACAUUUGGCAGUCUGUCUGUUCAAUCCCCUUAAAAGAAAUCAGGGAUCCUGUAAUCGUGAUGUGUAGCACUGCAUGGCUGUUCUGAUUUUCCAGAUACUUUCUAAAAACUCUCAGAUUAGGCACUGAUUUUUUACUUUGAAUGGUAUUGAGGCCUGCACUGCAGUUAGAGUAGGAAUUUAUUUUGUGGAACACCAGAGUAAUUGGUCCUUAAUUUUUACCAGAGUUCCAAGAGGUAAUUUGUACAUUGUGCAGAUGAAGGAAUUAGGGCUGGGAAGUUGUUACUUCUCUGUUUCACAAAGGCAAUAGUAGAGCUUUCUGAUAUGAACCCUUUUUAUUCAAUCAGUUGUAUUAACUUACUCCCUCUGAUUGAAAACAGAUUUUAUACGAAUCCAACUGAUGGAAUUUUACCAUGAGGUAAGCAAAUGCUUGCUUCAAGUAUCAAAAUCUGUGGGUAGACUCUUGGUUCUCUCUUUUUUUUUUCCUUCUGCCAAUAUUCCAAAAUGUUAUUUCUGGACAAUUAAUUAUUUUCCCAUCCUGUUUUUCAUUUAAUGGCUGGAUGAUAAACCUGUAGAGGAAUACUGCACAGUAUUCAGUGGGGAGAGACGAAACAGCCUAAGAGAAUGCUGACAAAAUGUCAUGAAAUCUGCUGUCCUCUCUGCAAUUCAAGAUCAGCAAACCUCAGAUACCAACAUAUGAAUUUAUUGGAAAAAAAAGUGUCUACUGGCCUUUUAGUGGUGAAAACAGUUCACUGGAAGUCACUAGGCACACCUUAAUAUUACAUGGAGCUGUAUAAGUAGGCAAAAUUUCAUUAUGAUCUCGAUACCAUACCUGUUAAAAAAGCAUCUUUCAUAGAAUCACUGUCUCAAGUGACAGCAUUAAUUGGUCUAUUUUGUUUCACUUCAUUUUAUUUGUAUUUUUGGUGUCUAAAAACUUUCCUACCGCAAUUCCAUUUCAAACAUUCAAAGUCUUGCUUGAAUUUGCAUGUCUCCAUCACUAGGUGCUUAGUAAAGGACAUGUUGAAGGAGCCAGCCUUCAUAAUAGUGCAAAGCCAUUAUCUUGUGAAUGUUGGGCCAGCUCAGGGGGUCUCUUGAGAUUGACAUACAGAACUGGAGGUGACUAAUGAAAAUCACUCUCAGUUGGGAAAUUAUAUAUGAUAAAGAAAAAUGUUCCCAAAACUGAAACUCCAGAUUGAGUUACGUAGCUGUAGAAAAUCAAAUGACAUGACUGCAAGCUGAAAACAUUUCCACUCCAGAAUCUAGUAUUUUUUUUUCUUAUGUCCAAGUAAGUGACAAAUAUUUCUAACUUGGUGUUCCUUUCUAGUUUUUCUCUCCACCCAGAACCUAAGACCCCAAAAUCACAGAUGAGCCCUGUGAUGUAAAUAUCAGCCCAUUUUCAGUGAAGGAUGAGCAAAUGUAGCUGCACUAUUAGGUCGUGCUUGGCCUUUCGCCGUGAUUUCAAUGAAGUUAUUUUUAUGAAUGUUUACAGUAAAAUGUGCCAAUAGGUGGAAUCCACACUGGUUAACUGGGCCACCCAUUAGGUUCAAAAGGAACAUCUCAGACAAAUCAAGAUUACCCUUUAAAUCAUAACACGUUGCUGUAGCAGAAAAAAAAUACAAACUCUGACUUGUGCAUUUUGGCUUGUCAGUGUACCUUGAACUGCAGUAUUCAUCCAAAUAUCUGCACAGGAACUGUGUGCUUUGUACGGAAUAGGCUUCCUGUUCUGCUGCUAUGAACCAUUUCACUGCUAGCUUUAUACACAUACAUGUGGUUUGACAUGGUCUAAAGCAUUAUACUGUAUUGCUAAUAUGCUGUGCUUGUAAAUGUGUGCAUUUAAUAUCUGACUUGUUUAACACUUUACUGAUAUUUUUUAAAAUAUAUUUCUUUUUUUGGGAGGGUGGCUGUGGGAGGGCAAAUUUCCUAGUAGUACUGUGAUUAUUAUUAUUUUUGUUUUUGAAACAAUAUGAAGGUGGAAAAUGCAGAAAACAACUAUAUUGUGAUGAUUUUUUUAUGUGUUAGAAACAGUAUUGCCCUUUUCUGAAGUAUCCACAGUAUUAUUUAAAAUAAUUCAAUAAAAAUCAGUAACGUCCAAGGUUUAUGUAACAUUUUGAUCAUAGAAAGAUUCUUUUGGUUUUCAAGGGCACAAGAUUUCAUAUGUUUUUGUUUUUAAAAAUUAAAGAAAAUGGGCAAAAUUUAUUCUGUGUAUUUUAGUUUAUAUCUUUGUAUUUUAUAUCACCCUUACCUGACACAUGAAAUAAGCACAACUAUAUUCUUAGAGCAGAAAUGUGUCCCUCAAUUUUAAAUUGGGAAUUUAUCAAUGAGGAAAUUAAGUCAUUUGAGGUCAUGCAAUAAAUCUGUGGCUG